UGUACUUAAUGCGUUAUAUAACAAUUUGUGACCUUGAAACGUGGCGCCAGAACGAGAUGGACUUCUCUUUUCCUCUCACGACAGACGACACUAGGACAUCGCACAACGUCGCGCACAACUAUCUCGAUGCAGACGAAGUGCCCGAUCGACUAUCCGAGGUGAGAGCGGCUUUCAGUCAUGACGGACCUCUGGCUGUGUUACGUCACUAUGAUGAGCUACUUAGUGUUGUCAAACAUUUCUCUCAGUUAGAGAGAAAAGUGAAGAACGAGGCAUGGGAGAUCCUACUAGAAGGAACGGGAUCUCUGUACUAUGUGCUGAACACGAUACUAGACACGGAGCUGAGUCAGUCUGAUAAACAACAGCACUGCAAUGCUGUUAAGAUGCUGUGCUAUUUGGUGACUCAGUUCAUGGUAUGUACACAGCGGGAAGAGAGCAGAACGGAUCACAUAACAACCCCAAAACCUAAUGGACGGAGACGCAAGCCUCAACAAACCACUACUGAAGAUGGCGUGUCCUCAUUGUCAUCCACAUGCGUUCGCGGACUCUACGCAAUUCUGCAUCUCUUGGAGCUAGAAAUACAUCGACUAUGGGACCCACCAAUACCAGAAGAAAAUUUUGUGACAUGUGUGACUUCGUGUUGUUAUAAACUGAUGGAAAAUUCAAGUCUAGUGAAGGACAAAGAGAGCCGGCAGUUAAUGUUCCAAGUACUAGUCAUCGCAAUCCAGAGAUACAACCACAGCAUUGGUGCCGUUGUGAAGAUGAUACAGUUGGUUCAGAACUUUGAGCAUCUUGUGAUCCCAUUGGCUGAAGGGAUUCAGUUCUUUGCUGUAACACGUGGAGUCAAGAAUAUUGUGCCUGAGAUGAUAAGAGAGAUUGGCAGUAUGAAUCCUAGCGAUUUAUCACGUGACACGAGUGGCACCAGAUCCUUAUCCCAAUUUCUGUGUGAACUCGGCGAACGAGUUCCCUCGUUCAUCCUUCCCACCAUCAGCUCACUUGUCCCUCAUCUCGAUGGAGAGAAUUAUUCAUUUCGUAACAGCAUUCUUGUUGUUAUUGGUGAGAUGGUCAGUCAAGUGUUGAGUUGUGAGAGUACGAACGAGGGUGGGAAAGUGACUCGACAGCAAUUCUUGGAUCGACUCUUGCAACAUAUUCACGACAUCAACGCGUUCGUACGGAGCAAGGUGUUGCAGAUAUGGUUGAAGUUAUUCAAAGAACAGGUUGUUCCAUUAUCACAUCAGCAUCAGCUAAUUCCUCUUGUUGUCGGUCGUCUUCACGACAAGUCAAGCAUCGUACGACGUCAUGCCAUUCAAUUCUUGUCAACAGCUUUGUGCGGAAAUCCUUAUGCAGCCAAGUUGUCACUGAAUGAUUUGCAACGUGAUCUUGAACAAGCCGAGAAGAAACUGAAUGAACUGCAAGGUUUAUCAUCUCAGUCAUCACCUGAACAACAUCAGUCUCAGUCAACAGACAUGAGCCAUCAUUCGGAGACAGAGGAUGAUGCUAUUGCUGACAGUCAAGAGUUAGUGAGGCCUGAAGUGCAGCAGGGAAAGGAGACAGCAGCUAAUGAGAAGGAGAUUCAGCAGCAUCAAGUAUUGGUUACUUAUCUUAAGGACAGUGUGAAGUUUGUUCAACAACUUGAGGCAGCCACUCCAGUUGUAUGUCAACUUCUUGGAUCAAAGACGGUCUCUGAUGUGCUGGAGGCUAUUAAUUUCUUUGUGACUUGCCACGAGUUUGGCAUAUCAGCCGCACACGAAGGCGUGAAAAAGAUGCUAGUGCUGAUAUGGUCUCGAGAGACGAGUGUGAGAGAUGCAGUGACGGUUGCAUACAAGAGACUGUACCUUACACAGUCAGUUGAAGGACAAAGAGCUAGAGCUGCCACAGUUGCUGAUAGUUUGAUUAGUCUCACUUACAAUAUGACACUGGGAGAACGUGCUUCAUUGGAAGAACUGGUGUGUCAUUUCAUGAGAAACAAAGACAUUCCGCACGCUGUUAUUCAAUGUCUAUGGCAACAAUUCUCCACCAGUUGUGCUGACGAUGUCUCAACAACAAAGAGCAAUGCAGCAAUCCUACUCCUCGGCAUGUUGUCAGGGGAGGAUCACGAGGUUGUCAAAUGCAAUCUGGACGUGUUAGUGACAUACGGGCUGAGACAGGAACAGCAGGCGAAAGUUGAUCUGAAGAAGGCCCAACUGACAUGCAUUGCUCUACAGAAAAUAGUCAAAGCCGAGAAGGUAAAACCUGGAGCACUGCCACCGGUUCCAUUUCGAGUGCCUCAAGACCACAGCAUCGUAGAAAGCCUGAAACAUCUUGUGCUGUCAACUAUGUGUGACUUUGAGUGCUCUGAAUGGAUGUCGUUUGCUGAGCAAGCUAUCACGACUAUCUACAAACUGUCGGAACAUCCGGAUGUCGUGUGUGAGCGGCUUAUCAUCUCAAUGACUGACAUGCUUUCAUCGCAGUUCAAGACCGAUGGGGAAAUCUCCUCUCUUAUUGAUGAACUGAAGGAAGCAGAGCCGUUAGCUCAGUCUUCACAGGAUCCAUCGGCUUCUGGUGUUCACAUUCUUCCUACGCCACCAGAGAAGACUGUUGCAACAUGCUCAUCUGUCUUCUUGGCUCGCUUGCUGACGGUUGUUGGUCAGGUGGCUGUGUGUCAGCUGGUACAUCUUGAUGUUGCUGUAUAUAAGGAGUUGAAGAGAAGGCAGGGAGUGGAAGAGAGGGAGAAGGACAUAGCGAAAGAGAAGGAAAAGGAGGAAGUGGAGAAGAAAAGGAAAGGAAGAAGAAGCAAGCACAGAAACAGUGCAAGUGGGAAGGAGAUGGAUGAUGGAACGUCCCUAGCAGAAGAGAUUGGUUUAGAAGGGGCAGCAGCUGAAGACACGGAAGCCGAAACCAUUCGUUGCAUUUGCGAAACGGAAGUGGUUACAGGACGAAAUCUCUUGUCUUCAUUUCGGUCUUUCAUUGUUAUGAUCUGUGCUCAACCAAGCAAGUAUCCUGAUCGGCAGUUGAGAGUGGCUGCCACACUUGCUCUUUCGAGGUUCAUGGCUGUGAGCUCCGAGUUCUGUGAUGCUCAUCUUCAGCUUCUCUUCACUAUACUUGAGAAGCCAUCCGAGGCUGUCAUACGUUCAAAUACCAUCAUAGCUAUUGGAGAUCUGACAACACGAUUUCCUAAUCUUGUUGAACCAUGGACACCCCAUUUGUAUGCACGGCUUUCCGACAAGUCUGCUGUUGUGCGUAAGAACACACUCAUAGUUUUGACUCGGCUGAUUCUUAACGACAUGCUGAAAGUCAAGGGGCAUAUUAGUGAAAUUGCAGUUUGUUUGGAGGAUGAGAAUGAACAUAUCAAGAAGUUGGCGUGGCUCUUCUUUCAUGAAUUGUCACACAAAGGCAACGCGAUCUACAACAUCUUACCGGAUAUUAUCAGUCAACUGUCAGAUCCUGACCGAGCGUUGCCACAACAGCAGUUUACAACGAUAAUGAAAUAUCUAAUAUCAUUUAUCCAGAAAGACAAGCAAUCGGAAAGUCUCAUAGAGAAGCUCUGCCAACGCAUUCGAGCAGCAAGAACUGAUCAUCAGAGCACCGAGCUUGCCUUCUGUCUUGCUCAACUGCCAUUUACAGAGAAAGGCAUGAGGAAAUUGCAAGACAACUUUGCUUGCUACAGUGACCGAUUAGCAAGUGAUGAAAUGUAUUCACAUUUUAUGACAAUCAUCGGAAAAGCAAAGAAAUUUGCUAAACCUGAAAUGAAGGCUCUGGUGGAUGAGCUUGAGAAAUCAAUCAACGAAUGUCACUUCAAAGGUAUGGAAGAGGACAACACAGCUCACAGAGCAGCUCAAGCAUCGAAGAAAGUUCGAGUAAAGAGAAGACAAAGAGAUACCAAACAUGCACAGCAAAGCGAAACUCCUCAUCAUCAGGUGGACAUACAACAAGGAGAAAGUGCGGAUGAAUUUGAUGUUCCAAGACGAAGAGAACUGAGGCCAUGCAAUGAGCGACAGAAACCUCAACUUCGAACGAGAAAAGCUACCAUGUACGACAAUUCUGAGUCUGAUGCUCUUGACAGUGACAGCAACGAUGCAAGCCCGACAAGUGAGAACUCAAGGGAGAACGUCAAUCCAUACAGAAGUGCUAAAUCUCAAUGCAAAACGAGAAGUGGACGAAAGAGUCGUCGAAUGGGACUGACUUGAGUGAUAAAUAAAAUAUUUUUAUUGUGUCGGUUGUAUGGUAGGAGUUGUUGCGAUAUUUUGUCAUAAUAUGCUGCUCUCUGUACGUACACACAUAUUAUGUGUACCAUGUUGUGGCUAUAUCUCUUCUAAAGUGAGACUGAC